GUGCUCCAAGUUGAGAUGCUGAUGGCUCAGGGCGCGUUUCCUCCACCGCCCGCCAGGGGUCGCCGCUGCGUUCGGGCCGACCGGAAGUCUUCCCCUCUCCUCGCGGACGACGACGCCGGCAACAACAACAACAACAACAACAGGCACGUCCUGGCGUACCCGGAUGUUCCUCGCCCGCCGUUUCCGCCUGAGGGAGCGAGCGAGGCGCCGCUGCCGUCGCCGCCGAGAGUCCCCGGGCUGCCCAGCGUCGCGAGGUGGGCGAUGGCGGAGGCCUCCGCGUCCUGCUCCUCCCCCUCCCCGCCUGCUGCUGAGGAGAACGGGGGCCCUUCCCCGCCCCCCCUUCCUCCCAGGGGCCCCGAAGGCGGCGGCGGCGGCGAGGAAGAGGAGGAGGAGCGGGAGGUCGGGGGCCGCCCCCACCGAGGCUGGAGCGAAGCCCAGUUCCGGCGCUACGGCUUCGCCACGCGGCCCAUCCCCAGGCUCCGCCACGGGGACCCCCGGGCCGAGGAGCUCAUCGAGAACGAGGAGCCAGUGGUGUUGACAGAUACAAACCUGGUGUUUCCUGCUCUAAAAUGGGAUCUGGACUAUCUGCAGGAGAACAUUGGGAGUGGGGACUUUUCGGUAUAUAGAGCAAGCACACACAAGUUCCUGUAUUACGAUGAGAAGAAAAUGGCAAACGUUAAGAACUUCAAGCCUAAGUCAAGCAGGGAAGAGAUGAAAUUCAGCGACUUCGUUGAGCAGCUCCAAGAAAUAGAACAGCAGGAUAGUGGAGAAAGGCUUUAUCUGCAGCAGACUCUGAACGACACAGUUGGGAGGAAAAUCGUGGUGGAUUUCCUGGGCUUCAAUUGGAAUUGGAUUAACAGGCAACAGGCAAAGCGAGGCUGGGGUCAGCUGACAUCCAACUUGCUACUGAUCGGCAUGGAAGGGAAUGUGACUCCAGCACACUAUGACGAGCAGCAGAACUUCUUUGCUCAGAUUAAGGGAUACAAGCGUUGCAUCCUGUUUUCCCCUGACCAGUUUGAGUGCCUCUAUCCUUAUCCUGUGCACCACCCAUGUGAUCGGCAGAGCCAGGUUGACUUCGACAAUCCUGACUAUGAGCGCUUUCCCAAUUUCCAGAACGUAGUUGGCUAUGAGACAGUGGUGGGCCCAGGCGAUGUGCUUUAUAUCCCCAUGUAUUGGUGGCAUCACAUCGAGUCUCUGCUGAACGGAGGAAUUACCAUCACUGUAAACUUUUGGUACAAGGGUGCCCCAACUCCCAAAAGGAUUGAAUAUCCCCUAAAGGCUCAUCAGAAGGUGGCAAUAAUGAGGAACAUAGAGAAAAUGCUGGGCGAGGCGCUUGGAAACCCACAAGAGGUGGGCCCCUUGUUGAAUAUGAUGAUUAAGGGGCGGUAUGACUAAUCCUCGGCCUCUGCAGUGGUGGAUGUUGCGAGCUGCUUCGCAGACAAGUGGAAGAUACUAGGCGCUAGUAUCGCACGCAGAAAUUGAAAGACUGAGGUGCUCCCGGCACAACUCUGCCCUAUUCUGCACCAACGUAGGGAGUGACUGGUACCAUCAAACACUCCUGUCCAUCCCUCUUUCAACUUCACUUAACCUUCCAGAAGAACCCGUGCUUUACGAAGUAGGAACCUAGCUGCCAAGGACUCAUGUGUCUGCGACCUGCCAGUAUACAGAGAUUGGCGCCUGGUACUUGCCUGCCACCUGUCACAUUGCAAAAUACUUUUUUGGGGGAGGGAGCAGAGUUUAGACUGGCCCUGCCAGUCUUUUGCGUUCAUCCCACCAGCUGAAUUGUAUGAUGUUGCAUGAGGGGUGGACGCAGUAAGUCUCAAAGUCUUGAGAGUCUCCCGAAGAGGGAGAGAACCUUUGGCCAUGUAAGACUCCACUGUCUGCUUAUUUUGCCUGGGAAGUGAAAGCAAUUGCAUGCUGGCAUCUGCAUAGCUGCCUGUGUGUGAGAAGCAACUAGACAAGCCAUUUAGAUCUUCCCUCUGUACCUUGGCAUUAGAAAUCUCCCCGCCACCCCUUCUCUGAGGUUUAGCUUCCGUGUUUGUCAAAGGUCGCCUUCUCUCUGAUGGCACAAUUUUCUAAUGUAAAGCAAAAUUAUGGUUACAAGUACACAGAGGGAGCAGGUAGGGAUGGAGACAAUAAAGUCUUCCAAGUCCGCUGUGCCAAAUUAACAUCGAAAACAGCGUUUUGGAGGGCCUGACCUCUUAAUUCUGUUGGGAGUCCGGGCUGAAAUCCCCAUACACACAGAUUCCCUUUGCUACACUCGGGACGGCUUUUCCACAAUGAGCACCAGUGCCCUUUGUCAGUAAAAAAACACCUUUGUGUUGUGUUUCUCUUUCCAUACAUGGAAAUGUUAAUUUCACUCCAUCCUCAGCCGUCUGCAUACUGGAUUAUAAUGGAUAAAUAGGUGGAGAAGGGGAACAGCAAAGUUACAGUAACACUUUAUCGCAGUGACUUUUUCAACAGACUUCUAUGAAGGGUGGAAGCCUCUAUUUUCCAUUCUGUUCCACUUUUCCCUGCC